AUGCAAGUUACUAAAACAAGGUUUUUUGUUCCUCAAGAAGAGCCCAUAGUUACUGAAAAAGAGUCACAACAAUCUACAAAUACAAAUGAGGAAGGUAGUUUAUUUGUACCAGAUGAAGAAGAUGAUCAAGAUGAUGAAGAUAUAGAUAGUAGUCCAAGAAAAAAGAAGAAGAAAUCUGAUACACGUCUUAAGGAUACGACUAUUUCAUUGGAAAAAUUUGAAAAAGAAAUUAGAUCAAUAGUUGGAGAUAUUUCACCUUUAAUUUUAAAUUAUUUAUAUGAUAAAUUUUCAACUGGUCAAGAUAGUAUUAGACAUGCAGUUGAUGAGUUAUUUACAAAUCCACCAGACCUUGAUAACUUGACGCGUCAUAAUAAUGGAACUCAACUUCAAACUUCAAGAAUUCAAACUCAAUCACCAGGUAAAUCCCAAUCACCUUCAAAUAGACCAACUUCUUUGAAAAGGAAUAACACCGAUGAGAUAAAUGAAUUAAAUAAAAGAAUGCAUUUGGCAUCAGAAGCAAUUAGAAAAGAAAUCGAAGCAAAUUCUUGGAGUAGAUAUGUUGGAACUUUAGAUGUACAAGCGUGGGCAACUAGACCAACAAUGAAACCAUUACAAUACCAAGAAACCAUGACGGUUAAGAGAUUGAUACCUAGAAAUUCAACAAUGCAAAAAAGUUCCAUUAUAAGGUUGUAUUUAAAUGACAGGGAAAUUGCGAGAUUACCAGAAGAUUUAACUAGGAUUUUUAGUCCAUUAAUUGAUUUAAAUAUUGUCGAAUUUAAAGUGAUUGUUUUAGAAACAACAAAAAGAAGAUUAUCAACUGGUGAUUCAUUUGUUAUUCAAAUUGAAAUUUACCUAAAAGAUACUGGAUUUAUUAAAAACAUCGAUUCAAUUGAAAAUCCAGAUUUGAAAAGAGCUGGUGCGAAUUUUAAUUUUGCUACAGAAAGUGAAGGUGAGGCGGCUCUAAGAUUAAGGCAAUUUGCCAUAUCAAAUCUUUUUGAAAAAUUAAAAUUAAAACCAUUAAAAUUAAAUAAUGAUCAAAAAGUGGAUGAUGAUAAUGGAGCAAAUGAAGCUGCUGCAAUAAAUGAAGUGCAAAACUUGGAUGAAAAUGUAGAUUCAGAAACUGAAGAACCAGUAGAUGAAGUAAAUUUAGAUCAAUUAAGGCAAUUUUAUCAAGCUAACAAUCAGUCAAAAUUACUAGAAUCAUUACCAGAAACAACAAAACCACCAGAAAAAAACUUCAAAUUAGAUUUGAGAGAAUAUCAAAGACAUGGAUUAGCAUGGAUGUUAGCAAGAGAGAAAGAAGUUGAUGUGUUAGAGCAAUGUUCUGGAGAGUUUCAAUUAUCAACUGAAACAAGAAAAUCAAUUGAAGAGACGGGUGUUAUGAAUCCACUUUGGAGAAAAUAUAAGUGGCCAGUGUUUGGACUGAAUCCUGAGGAAGUUCAACAAACUCAAGUUGCAACUCAAAGUCAAUCAGAUAAUUAUUUCUAUGCUAAUUUAUAUAAUGGUGAACUAUCAAUUGAAAAACCAAUAAUUAAAACUAGCGUGAAAGGAGGUAUAUUAGCAGAUGAAAUGGGGUUGGGUAAAACAAUUGCGACAUUAGCACUAGUCAAUUCAGUUCCGUAUGAUAUCAGUGAAGAAAACACCAAAAAAAGAUAUGCAUCCAAAACAACAUUGAUUGUGGUUCCUAUGUCAUUAUUAUCUCAAUGGAAAGAUGAGUUUGAAAAAGCCAACAAUAAUUUGAAACAUACAUGUCGAUUAUAUUAUGGUGAUGAAACAGAAUUGGACCUUUCAAGAUCUUUAUGUAAUUUAGAUGAAUCUUCGAAAAUACCAGUUGUUGUAAUUACUACGUAUGGAACAAUUUUAAAUGAAUUCACAAGAAUGUCAAAACAUCGAAAUCACAAGGGAGAAUUACCAAAGCAAGGAUUGUAUUCAGUUAAAUAUUUCAGAAUCAUCUUAGAUGAAGGUCACAAUAUUAGAAAUAGAAAUACAAAAACUGCAAAAUCAGUUUAUGAGUUAGAAGCUACUAGAAAAUGGGUAUUAACAGGUACACCAAUAGUUAAUAGAUUAGAUGAUUUAUACUCGCUAGCAAAAUAUUUAGAACUUGAUCCAUGGAAUAAUUUUUCAUAUUGGAAAACAUUUGUUACAUUACCAUUUGAACAGAAAAAAAUAUCACAAACUUUAGAUGUUAUCAAGUCUAUUUUAGAACCAAUCUUUUUAAGAAGAACUAAGAAUCAAAAGAAAAACGGUAAACCAUUAGUUGAAUUACCUGCAAAGGAAGUUGUUAUUGAAGAAAUUAAAUUUAAUGAUCAAGAAGCAAAAUUAUACCAGUGGUUCAAAUCAAAAGCUUAUGAAUCGUUCUCAGAAGGUGUAAAAUCUGGUCAACUAUUACGUCAAUAUACUCAAAUUCUAACUCAUAUCUUAAGGUUAAGACAAGUUUGUUGUCAUCCUGAUUUAAUUGGUGGGGCUCAUGAAAUGGAUGAUGAUGUUAUUGAUUUAGAAUCAGAUGAAGAAAUGAAGACGUUCUUGAAAUCAGUUAAAGAACAAAGUAAGCAGUUUUUAAAUGAUACAGAAGUUAAACAAACAAUGUAUAAAUUAUAUGAUGUUAUAAAAGAAGAAAAUGAAUGUUCAAUAUGUACAACAAGUCCAAUUCCACAAAAUGAAUUGACAAUUACACCAUGUGGUCAUACUUUUUGUUUUUCUUGUAUAUUGGAACAUUUAGAUUUCCAAUCUGAUUCAAAUAGACCAAAAUUAUGUCCAAAUUGUCGUGAACCAAUUUCAAAAUACAAAUUAUUUAGAGUAAGAAAUCAAAAAGUUACAAGUAAAGAAAUCAAAUUCCACACUCAAAGUUCAACUAAUAAAAAUUAUGAUUUUCAAAUUUACUUGUAUGAUCCAAAUAGAACAAGUUCUAAAAUCCAAGCACUAAUCAAACAUCUUAAUGUUUUACAAAUCCAAGCUCCUAAUUCAAAAGUUAUUGUUUUCUCGCAAUUUGCAUCAUAUUUGGAUAUCUUAGAAGUUGAAUUGAAAUUAACAUCAGAUGAUUUUAUAGUUUACAAAUUUGAUGGUAGAUUAAAUAUGAAUGAUAGAUCAAAAUUAUUAAAUUCAUUUAAUGAAUCUUUAAGUAAUGGUAAAAUCGCAAUAUUAUUAUUAAGUUUAAAAGCUGGUGGUGUGGGAUUAAAUUUAACAACUGCAUCAAGAGCAUUUAUGAUGGACCCCUGGUGGAGUCCAAGUAUAGAAGAUCAAGCAAUAGAUAGAAUUCAUAGAAUUGGACAAAAUGAAACUGUUAAAGUUGUUAGAUUUAUAAUGGAAAAUAGUAUUGAAACUAAAAUGUUGAAAAUUCAAGAACGGAAAAAACAAAUUGGUGAAGCCGUGGGAGUUGAAGAAGAAGAAAGAAGGAAAAGAAGAAUUGAAGAAAUUCAAAUCUUAUUUGAAGAAUAA